AUGUCAGUCCCCAGGCCGGCCACACGUCCUCCAAUACCCCCGAGGAAUGGCCCAAGGGCUCCUCCUAUGGGACGACUGGCCAGUCUGAAACCGCCUGGCUCUACGGCCAUCAAACGCCCUCAACCCAUUGCACGCCCUCAACCGGCCAGGCCGACCACUCAUCCCAAGACGACCACUUGCCCUAACCCCGGCUGUCCUGCUCCUCAUAUUGUAGAGGAUGAUGGCCAGAAAGUCUGCUCGGGCUGUGGUACCGUCAUCAGCGAGGCAAACAUUGUCUCAGAGGUCACAUUUGGUGAGACCUCAUCAGGUGCUGCUGUCGUUCAAGGUACUUUUGUCGGCGAGGAUCAAUCUCAUGUCCGCAGCUUUGGCCCAGGCUUCCAGGGUGGCAGUGGCGGUAUGGAGAGUCGAGAGAUUACAGAACAAAAUGGUAACCGGUAUAUAAGCCAACUUUGCCGUGCGCUGAAUAUCCCGGAGAGUGCGAUGAAAGCUGCAGGUCAGGUUUUCAAGCUCGCUGUCGGGUUGAAUUUUAUUCAAGGUCGUCGAACCAAGACAGUAGCGGCCGUAUGUUUGUACAUUGCCUGCCGCCGGCAGGAUGGAAACACUGUCAUGCUUAUUGAUUUUGCCGAUCUCCUGAUGAUUAAUGUGUUUAAGCUCGGUCGAACUUACAAAGCCUUGUUGGAAGAGCUGCGCCUCGGCGGUAAUGUAUUCCUUAUGAAUCCAAUUGAUCCGGAGAGCCUGAUCUACCGAUUUGCCAAACAACUUGAAUUCGGAACUUCAACAAUGCAGGUUGCCAGUGAAGCUGUGCGGAUUGUUCAACGAAUGAACCGCGACUGGAUGACUACCGGUCGACGUCCCGCCGGUAUCUGUGGGGCUGCGUUGAUUCUGGCAGCACGAAUGAACAACUUCCGUCGGACAGUUCGCGAGGUUGUCUACGUGGUGAAAGUCACGGAAAUCACCAUCAGCCAGCGUCUGAAUGAAUUCAGCUCGACAGAGAGCGGUGAGCUGACUGUUGAUCAAUUCCGUUCCGUGCAAUUGGAGAACACGCAUAAUCCACCCUCUUUCACUAGAGCGAGGGAAGGGAGAAAGCCUUCCCGAAGUAUCAAGAUAAAAGCCACUGAAACGGCGGCUGAGAUCGAAGGAGAUACCCAGGAGCUUGGUAGUACGGCGUGGUCAGCCUCACACUCGCAAAAUCGAGUAGAUGCCGAUGGCUUUGCCAUCCCAAGCCUCCCUAUCGAUCCGGCUCUAAUAGCAGAGGAUAAUGCCGCCAGCACAGACAUGCCAGAAAUGGACCAGGAGACACCUAAGCUGGGUUCCAGCCGGACCAAGGGCUCCAGAAAACUAGACCUACCACAACCAACACCCGGUCAAAUUGCUUCUGAGGAGGCCCUUGAGAACGAAAUGACCGCCCUGUUAGCCAAAGGUUCCAACAUGACGGAUAGUGCCUUGCCGGCAAGGUCAAACCAGCAGCCAAGUACAGUAUCUGAAAACGCUGAGAUUGAUGCAUCGGAGUUUGAAUCGGACCCAGAGGUCUCAAAUUGCUUGUUAUCGCCUGUGGAAGUUGAGAUCAAAGAGCGGAUCUGGGUGCACGAGAACAAGGACUACUUACGAACGCAACAGGCCAAGGCCCUGAAGCGAGCGCUGGCGGAGUCCGAAUCGCGUCCGGGAAUGCACAAGCCUCGCAAGCGCCGUAAGGGUAGAAUGGGGGAUGUGGCUUAUUUGGAAGGUGAUGGGGAAGAAGGAGAUGGACGAAGCAGCCGUGCCUCGACCCCUGCAGAAGCUACCCGUCGAAUGUUAGAACGGAGAGGGUUUAGCAAGAAGAUCAAUUAUCGCCUUCUAGAAUCAUUAUUUGGGGAGGAGGGCGCUGAUGAGUCCAAAGCGAAGACAGAACGCAUGAGCCGGAGCCAGAGUCGCAGCCAAAGUGUGGCGUCGCGACGUAGUGCCAGUAUUGAGCUAGAGACUCUUUCGAGACGUGCAAGAAUGGCAACUCCAAUCAGCGCUAAACCGAUCGAAUCUAUCACUCCUGGGGGAGCUGCCACGCCUGGUCCUGUAGACCAAUCUCUCCCGGCUAAAAUCACGACCAGCCAAGAUGAACAGACUCAGGCCCACGAAACUCCUGCGGGAAGCAAGGGCAACGAGUUGGACGGGGAACCGGACGACGAGUACGAUGAGGAGGAGGAUGAGGAUCCUGAUGGGCUUGACGCGGCAUUUUCUGGACACUAUGGCGAUUACUACGAUGAGGGCAGUGACUAUGAUAGUAAUUAG